GGGACACGCUCGGUACAGGCACAGUUUGAUCGGUUCCAUCGCUUGGUGAACAUUGCACAGCUCAACUGGCGUCCUUCUUCUCUUCCUUCUCAACUGCAACAACACCAGUUCAAUCAUCAUGGCUUUCAAGUUUGUGACCUUCCUCGCCCUGGUGGCCAUUGCCCAAGCCGGAGUUAUUUCUAGCCCAGCUUUGACCACCUACGCCGCUGCUCCGGCUCCUCUGUCCUAUACCGCUCCUUUGGCCAAGACCAUUGUGGCUGCCCCAGUGGCCAAGACUAUCGUUGCCGCUCCGGCUCUGGCUAAGACCGUUGUCGCCGAUGAGUACGACCCGAACCCAGAGUAUUCGUACUCGUACGGAAUCUCCGACCAUCUGACCGGCGACCAGAAGGAACAGCAUGAAUCUCGCCAUGGAGAUGUCGUCGAGGGAUCUUACUCGCUGGUUGAAGCUGACGGAACUCGCCGCAUCGUUGAUUACACUGCCGAUCCCGUUCACGGAUUCAACGCCGUCGUCCGCAAGGAAGGACUCGCUGCCCCAGUCGUUGCCGCCAAGACUGUCGUCGCUGCUCCAGUAGCCAAGACAGUGAUCGCUCAGCCAGCUCUGGCCAAGACGGUCAUUGCCCAGCCUGCCAUCGCCACGUACUCGGCUCCUCUGGCCACUAAGACCAUCGUGUCCCAGCCGGCCAUUGCCUCGUACGCCGCUCCAGCCCUGUACCAUCAUUAAACAAUGAAGCAUAAGCUCUCUGCUCCACUGACUGAUUGUUGAUUGUGUUGAUUAGGAUUUUGCAAAGAACUGACAUUGAGGAUAAUAAAAAAAAACAAAUUAA